AGUUUUGUUUAUCAGCGAGGUAGUUUGGCUUCAAUAAGAGUCACAUCAAGCUCCCACAGUUUGCUCCCCAAUUCCAGAGAUUAUCAGCUUAUUUCAGUCUCUCGGUUUCCCUCAGAUCACCGAGUUCCUCAGAUACAAAGCCCUAAUCUAAUUUGAUUUCCGACGCCCACUUUCUUCUCUUAUCCAACGCCAACACACCUUGUGUGUUUCACCACAACAACCACCCGUUGUCAUGAUCGCUGACGAUUACUCCACCAUGAACGGCUUUAUAUCCGCAAAAGCAAAGAUGGAGUUGUCAAAGUCACUCAAUAUCCAGCUCUCGAACCCAGCUCAGCUGGACAAAAUCGACAAGCUUCGCGAGCUGGGGGUUGCCAAGUUCGUUGCACUCCCACAGCUUGUUGUCGUUGGUGAUCAAUCCAGCGGGAAGAGUUCGGUGUUGGAAGCAGUGAUGGAGCUGCCUCUUCCUCGCGACAGUGGGCUCUGCACACGAUUUGCUACGAAUAUCACGUUUCGGAGGUCGCCUCAGACGAGCAUUGCUGUUUCGAUCAUCCCUGGCCCUACCCGAUCUCCCGAGAAGGCGGAGGAACUGAAGGCAUUCAAGAAGACUGGGUUGACUACUCUUGACGGUCAGACCUUCCUAUCGAUCUUGAAAGAUGUUUGUCAAGUCAUGGGGGUUACUGGACCAGGCGAGUCCCCAAGUGCUGCAAAAUCAACUUUCAGUGCAGACGUCUUCAAGAUUGAACUCAGCGGCCCAGACCGCGAGAAUUUGAGCAUUAUCGACAUUCCUGGGAUUUUCAGAACCGCGACUGAUGGUGUUACCACCAAGGACGACAUUGACCUUGUAAAAAACAUGGUCAGCAGUUGGAUUCAAGAUGAGAGGACCAUCAUUUUGGCUGUCGUUUCUGCGAAUGUCGAUAUUGCCACCCAGGAGAUUUUGACCAUGGCUGAGAAGGCUGAUCCAAAGGGUCUUCGGACUUUGGGCGUAUUGACAAAGCCCGACCUUGUUGACGACGGCGCGGAGCACCAAGUCAUCGACCUUGUAAUGGGAAAGCGCAACAAGCUCAAGCUCGGAUAUUGCAUUGUUCGCAACCGCUCCCAGAAGGAGCUUGAUACUGAUUCUGACUCUCGUACGCGCAAAGAGCGUAGUUUCUUUAGUACUGAUCCGUGGUCAUCACUUCCCAAGGAUCGGGUUGGUGUUGAUGCGCUGAAGAGUCGUCUCCAGGACCUACUUUCUGAGAUCGUCCAGAGAGAGUUCCCAAAGAUCAAGAGACAGAUCGAGCAGCGCCUUAUACUCUGCAAGAAGAAUCUUUAUGCAAUGGGCGCCGACCGUGAGUCAUCUGAGCAGCAGAGACAUUAUCUUGAGGGCAUUGCCGCCCAGUUUGAGAGAAUUACGAACGAUGCUCUCAGUGCCAACUAUUGUCGUCAUGAGAUAUUCGGGGAAGAUCAUAACCUCCGAUUGCCAACUCUUGUCGUCGAUCGCAGCGAUCGUUUUGCGGAAGAUAUUGGGAGCAAGGGCCACUCAGUUGAGUUCAAAGGGGAUGCGAGUGCUGAAGCGGUUACCACAACAGACACGAAAGACACAAAACCGGCAUUGGCAUCAGCCGAGAAUAGAUCUGACGAAGACGAUGAAUCCGAUGCCAACGAUGAAUCUGAUGGUGAGGCUGAGUCUGGCUACAAAGUGGGAUUGGAUCCCAAGAGCUCCGAAUACCCAGAACUUUUGGAUAUUCUCCAGCAGGAUUUGUAUGUAUCACUUACGAAGCGGUGUGAUAUUCUGGCAUGGAUUGAAACCGAGUAUCGCAAAGCUAGAGGCUAUGGCCUCGCGGUGAUGGAUCCUAAUAUAUUGCCAAUGCUCUGGCAGGAGCAAUCAUCCAAUUGGAAAGGGAUCACGCUUUCGUUCAUGAACGACAUUAUCGUCUACGUACAUGACUUCAUCUGUCGGCUCCUGAAUCACGUCUGCCCAGAUAGUAAGGUUCGAAACGGACUUAUCUCAUUCAUCAUGGAUGAUCUCCUUGACAAGUACAGCGCGGCCAUUAAACACGUCGAAUUUAUUUUGCGAGUCGAGCGCCACGGCACCCUGCUCACGAAGAAUCACUACUUCGGAGACACGCUCAGUAAGAUGCGAAAUGAGCGUCUCAUCAAAGCUAUGAAGCAACAUGAAUUCCGUGCGAAGCGACAGGAUGCAGAAGGCGCCUCCCACUAUGUCACAGCAGUCCCGGUUUCCGGUAUGACUAGUGCUCUUUCCCAAGGCAAUCUGGAACACGCAGUCGAUGACAUUCACACCGUUUUGAAUGCCUACUACAAGGUGGUGAUGAAGCGCUUCAUUGACACGGUUGUGGCACAAGGCGCAGACUAUUAUCUUCUCACCAGCGAUGAGAGCCCGCUGAAGAUCCUCACGCCGCUGUUCAUCUCCUCCAUGACGGCCGAGCAGUUGGACGAGAUCGCCGGAGAAGAUUUGGUCACCAAAAGAGAGCGACAGGAGCUGAAGGAGGAGAUCCUGGCCCUGGAGCAGGGAAAGAAAUUGUUGAGAGGUUGAUGGGAUGUUACGAGCUGAAUAAUGGGUUUAUUUUCAUGUGCAUCUCUGUUUUGCAGUGUUCGGCGGAUCGUAUCCGGAUCUGAUCCUGAGCCCUCACGGGUAAGAUCAUGAUCCGUCUGAGGUCUGACGGAUAGAUACGGGUUAUAUCCGGAUCUUCAGGAAAAUGAGGUUUAAAAUAUAAAAAUAG